CUGUUAUUGUUUACUGACCUGGAGAUAUUUUGAUUUUCGUUUCGUAUUUCACAUAGAAGGUUUCUUGUCGACUCUGGAGCCCGAAAACCAAAAGAUGGCCGAGUUAGAAAAUUUACUGCUUGAGGGAAAUUCACACAAAGAGCAGUUGUACUGCGAAAUGGAAAUCUUGGAUGGAACAAAUGUUGAAACAAGAAAUGGUUUUGGGUGCAUAGAGAUUUCCGGUUCAAAAAGAUACAUUAUUGCUGCUGUCGUGGCUUCAAUUGGUGGAGUGCUGUUUGGAUAUGACCUCGGAAUUGUGUCUGGUGCUAAUUUGCAGUUAAAAGAUGAUUUCCAUCUUAAUUGUCAAAAGCAAGAAAUGGUCGUUAGCUCUAUGUUGAUUGGUGCUUUGUUUGGCUCUUUAAUUGGAGGUUAUAUAAUUGAUUUCUUGGGAAGAAGAAAGACCAUUAUCCUCAACUCUUUAAUUUUUUUUGCUGGAGCAGCUCUCUUGGCAUUUGCGCCUUCCUUUGCCUUACUUAUUGUCGGUCGUUUGAUUGUUGGUUUCGCCACAUCCCUAUCUGCCAUAGCUGAGUGUAUAUACAUUGCAGAAAUUGCUCCACCUAAAAGACGCGGUCUUUUGGUUAGCUUAAAUGAGAUUGGCAUUGUAUCUGGUCUUCUCUUUUCAUAUUUGGUCAAUUUCAUGUUUAUAAAUACGCCCAAUGGAUGGAGAUAUAUGUUUGGUAUAUCCGGAAUUCCAGCAUUGCUUCAAGGGUUUGGUGUAAUAUUUCUACCUCCCAGUCCGCGAUGGCUUGUUUGUCAAGGACAAGAUGCCAAGGCCUUGCAUAUUUUGAAGUUAUUGAAUCAUGGCCCAGAACCUGAACAAGAAAUUUCAAAAAUAAAGGAUUCGGUGAAUCAAGAACGGAAUUACAAUGUUUGUUAUUUGUUUGGUCGAAGGGAAAACAUGCGAGGAAGAAUGUUUGUUGGCUUAGGAGUCGUGUUCUUUCAACAGUUUACUGGACAGCCAAGUAUUCUCUAUUAUGCACCAUCCAUAUUCAAAAACAUUGGCUUUCGUUCUCACUCUGAAGCGACGCUGGCGACCGCCGGCAUCGGUUUAUCUAAACUGAUUGCGACAAUCAUCACUUUAACUAUGGUAGAUAAAGCAGGUCGUCGUCGUUUUUUAAUCUUUGGUUCUAUCGUUAUGACCAUAAGUGUCGCCGUCUUGUAUACAGCCACGAUCAGUUUUCCUUCUCCUUACAAAGACAUUUGUCAAAACAACGAUACAAAUCCAAUGAAAACGAUCAAUUCAACUCUAGCUCCACGCUCAUUUAUAAAGAACAGUGGCCAAACAUCUUCAAUGUACACAAGUCCAGCUUUACAAUUUUCCCAUACAACAAUUUCCCCCCGCCAUCUUGGAUCACAAACAGCGAACUCAAGUGUAAAAAAUGUCUCAGCUACCUCUUAUCGUUAUUUUUAUGGAAAUUUAAGUACAACUACCUCUUCAUCUUCGCAACAUAAUGGCUCACAUCGCCAGUUUUUGUCAAUGGAAGCAAUGAACAACAGCCGCGCAUUUGUCAAUCAAACACAUUCUGAGAAACGUAAAAUGCCCAGUUUUGUAAAAUACAUUGUAUUUAUUUCACUUGUCGCUUUCUCUGCUGGUUAUUCAUCUAGUUAUGGCCCAGUUACUUGGUUGGUUCUAAGUGAGAUUUAUCCUACCCCCAUCAAAGGAAGAGCUUUUGCUGCGACAACUGUCCUUAACUGGAGUUCUAAUCUUGUUGUCUCAUGGACCUUAUUGGAUUUAAUAGAUUCCAUUGGUGUGUCUUGGACUUUCUUUUUGUACGGAUUUCUCGGUUUUCUCGCCAUUUUAUUCAUUAAAAAAUAUGUUCCCGAAACGAAAAAUCGCUCUUUGGAGGAAAUUAAUGCAUUAUUCUCUACAAGAAAUAGUGCGACUUCUGAUGGUCGUUGUCCUUCCACAGGAUGUUGUGGCUUCUUUGAAAAAUAUAAUACCUUAACUUCAGCUAACAUAUCAAACAUCUCACUGAAUAGCGAAGAUUGGAACGCCAAUCCUUAAAAACACUUAGCUUUAAAUAAAAUGUUGUUUUAGUCGCAAGCUUUGUUCAACAGGUGUUACUGUCAAAUUGUCGUCUGUUUUUAAAAACAAUUUUUUUAAUGUUUUUUAAACAUUAAAUGAAAUUUUGAAUAUUUUUUGUUAAUGACAUUACUUUGCCAGUCGCAGCUUUAAAUUGUGUCAAAACGAACCCGGCGAUAAUUGAAUAUUUUUGCCCGAAAAGGUUGGAAAUUAAAUUCUUGUUGGGCUGAA